AUGCGCGAUAACCUUAUUUUCACGGGGAUUGAUGAAACAGACGAGGAAGACACAGAAACCAUACUGGUCGAUUUUCUGGAAAAUAAAAUGAAGGUGGAACACAUGCCAGCUUUCCAUAGAGUACACAGAAUGGAGAAAAAGACACCAGGUAAACCACGACCAAUUAUAGCUAAAUUUGCCAGCUCUAAAGUAAGAGACAACAUUAAGAGAAGAGCGGUGACACUCAAAGGUAUAGAAAACAAUAAAUAUGGGAUAAAUGAACAAUACCCCCAUGAAAUUAACGAGAAAAGAAAGAUGCUCUAUCCCUUUUAUAAGUCAGCAAAGAGACAACAAAAGAAAGCGGUAAUGGUUUAUGAUAAACUGUAUAUCAACAACGUGCUAUUUGUGCCCGACCCGGAACAACCGGCGAAACGAACCCAGGAAACCCCACGCUCCACACCGGGAUCGAACUUUGGUGUUAUUGCAUUUACCGAUACUAUGAUCUACAGUCACAAAAACACAGCGGCAUGGGAGGCAGAAAGUAAUAAUGACGUUGGCAGUUUGGCGGAUAUAGAGCCAAUGCAGUCAUAUUUUAAAGAAACUUGGCUUUGGACCAGUGUCACAUUAGGUGCAACAGGCACGACUUCACUUAAUGUCAUACUGCCAGGUGGCACCUCGUCAUGGGCAGUCAAUGCGAUUGCAGUUCAUCCAGAAACCGGUCUGGGAGUGGCAAAGACAGAGCUGGGGGCAUUCCGUAGGUUCCUGGUAGCAGUGUACAUGCCAGAUUCGGUCGUGCUUGGAGAGAAGUUGAUCCUUCGAGUGGCAAUUUGGAACGAUAUGGGCAUUGACUUGGACGUGAAAGACGGAAAGGGUGUCUUCGUGUUUUUUCCUAUUAUUCCAACUGCUCUGGGCAAAUUUGACAUCAUUAUAAAAGCGAACUCGGAGGCUGGUAUUGAUGGCUUGAAGAAGCAGUUGCUUGUCGAGGCCGAGGGCGUCCGCCAAGAAUACACUCAAGCUGAGGUGAUCGACCUGACUAGCACGUCAACAUAUAGUAAAACGUUCCAAAUUGAUUUACCGUCCACCUCCGUGCAGGGUUCCUCCUACAUCACUGCUACUGUCACAGAUGAUGUAAUGGGACCCUCUAUAAACAACAUCGACGGCUUGUUGAAUAUACCGCUUGGUAAUGCAGAACAAAACUUGAUGCACAUUGCUACUCCAGUUUUCUUAUUAAACUAUCUUGCUGAAACGGACCAGUUCGACAGAGAGGUCAGGGAUAAAGUCAUUGACCACUUAAAAAAAGGAUACCAAAAUGUACUUGUCUACCAGCACGCGGACGGCUCGUUCAGUUCAUUUGGAAAAAGUGACCCUUCCGGAAGCAUGUGGGCUACUGCAUUCGUAACAAAGUCCUUGUUACAGGCAGGUGACCAUAUCGAGAUCGAUGAUGAGGUUAUCACUAAGGCCAUCAACUGGAUAAUUGGCCGACAGAACGCAGAUGGCUCUUUUCCUGAGCCUGGGAGUUUGGUCCAUAAGGCAAUGCAGGCUGGUCCAGCGUCAGAUGUAUCCCUGACUGCCUAUGUGGCUGUUACUUUACUGGAACAUAAAGAUUUGUCUACCAAACAUAAUAUACGGAACGCCAUAGAGAAUGCCGUCCAUUACUUGGAGAACCGUACUGCGUCCGUAUCCAACCCUUACAGUUUGGCUAUUUCAUCUUAUGCUCUGCAAAAAGCCAUAAGUUACGAAGCAGCUGUGGCUUUUGAUCGUCUCAAAACUCUGAUACCGAAUUUACUCAGAGUAUGCUACGUUUGUACUUCACAAGGUGCUUCCGAGCCAGAGGGUGGGUAUCGCAACACAUAUGAGAUGCAGGCCAGUGCUAUCAAUGUGGAGAUUAUUUCUUACGCUCUCCUUACGUACGCUGAGAGGUCGGACAUGCAAGGAGGAAUUCCUCUGAUGAAAUGGCUGAUUUCCCAGCGUAAUACCUGCGGAGGGUUCUCUUCAACUGCGGCCACGGUGGUGGCUCUACAGGCGCUGUCUGUGUUUACUGUAGAUAUCUACACGGGCUCUAGGCCGGACAUGCAGGUCACCAUUGACGCCGAGGGAAGUUCCAAUCAAGUGACCCUUAGGGGGGAUAAUACCAUCGUCCUACAGCUCCCAGAUGCUUCCAAGCAAGUGACAGUUUCGGCAACUGGCAGUGGAAGUGCGCUUUUCCAGGUGUCCGUGUCAUACAGCACAAAAACAGUGGAGCAGGACCCAUCGUUUGCUGUCGAAGCGUCUCAGGUGGAGCAUGAAUUGGGGAACUUGGUGACGGUCCAGAUCUGCUCAAAGUGGUUGGAGAACAGCCCAGCAAGCGGCAUGGCGGUGCUAGAGAUCGGAAUACCUAGUGGAUUUGAGGCUGAUCUGGAGAGCAUUUCAUAUCUUUCGCCACUGAGGAAGACGGAGAAAGCGUACAGGAAGAUAGUGCUUUAUUUUGAUGAGAUCAGCGCUACAAAAACCUGCAUUACAUUUAAUGUGCAGCGUGUCACACUGGUAGCUGAAUCCAAACAACUAGCUGUUAGGCUCUAUGAUUACUUCUCCCCAGUUCUUGAAUAUNUAGAUAUCUACACGGGCUCUAGGCCGGACAUGCAGGUCACCAUUGACGCCGAUGGAAGUUCCAAUCAAGUGACCCUUAGGGGGGAUAAUACCAUCGUCCUACAGGUGUCCGUGUCAUACAGCACAAAAACAGUUAAGCAGGAACCAUCGUUUGCUGUCGAAGCGUCUCAGGUGGAACAUGAAUUGGGGAACUUGGUGACGGUCCAGAUCUGCUCAAAGUGGUUGGAGAACAGCCCAGCAAGCGGCAUGGCGGUGCUAGAGAUCGGAAUACCUAGUGGAUUUGAGGCUGAUCUGGAGAGCAUUUCAUAUCUUUCAUCACUGAGGAAGACGGAGAAAGCGUACAGGAAGAUAGUGCUUUAUUUUGAUGAGAUCAGCGCUACAAAAACCUGCAUUACAUUUAAUGUGCAGCGUGUCACACUGGUAGCUGAAUCCAAACAACUAGCUGUUAGGCUCUAUGAUUACUUCUCCCCAGGUAUUUCUUCUGUCACUAUCAUUGCCUAA